AUGCAGUCCACCAAGAAGCGGCCGCCUGUAACAGGCGGGGAGAACGCAUCGACAAACGAAGAUAACGAGCACAAGGUAACCGGACACACUGCAACAGCGCUCUCAUCCCCGCAUCCCUCCAAUCCACCCCGGACUCUUAGCCACAAGAUUGACUUCCGCCUUAUACAGCUUCUGCUCACCAGAUUUCAGCAUGAUCCCUUCGAACCAGAAGAUGAGGUACUAGGAACAUCGAUCGGCACAACCACGAAUGCAUCACCGCUUCAAGACAAGCAGUCAGAACAGAGACAGAGCAGAGGCCGGGAUCUGGAUCCCUUGACAUCUGAACCUGCAUCCCCUACUGCGCAACUGACAAGUCCAGCACCAAGCCACUGCGAGGCGGAUACAGCUACACUUGCCUCAGUCGAUGAUGCUGGUGGCGUCGAAAAGUCUAAGCUUACCGAUUACCUCACUUAUAAAGGGGACGCUGCGACCCGUGAAAUUGGAGAGCGUCAGGCAUGCAAAGCUGACAACAAGUUGCAAACUCCUGAGAGUCCGGGUCUCUCCCAGGCUAUCAAGACUACACAUACCCAACGUACCAGUACACCGCGCACCAGCAGGAAGAAGCCCCGGCUUUCAAUAACCGUGGACACGCAAUUCCCCAGAGUCGAUUUCAUCCGCUCAUCCGCGCCAUCUCCGCCACAACACAGCCCCAAUACCACGUCUCGCCCGAACAACGAUCCCACCAACACCACUAACAAUCAGAGCAAUGAAGCGCCUCCGUCGCCCCCUUCGCUCCAGCAACCCGCUCCCACCACUCCCAGCGCCGCGCCUCUGCCCACCACCCCCACUACUCCCAUUGCCAAACCCGUCGCCACAUCACCACACACGCCCACCCGCCCGAUUCCUCUCUACGGCCCCGACGGCAUAACCCCGCCACCAACACAAAACAGCCGCUACCUGCGCACUUUGCGGGACUCGGACGCCAAGGCAUGCGUUCUCGAAGCUAGCUUUGCGCUACAAGGGGUGGUCCGCCAUGGAGAUACGGUUGCUUGCUCGCAUUCGCCGCCUUGCGAGGGAUGUGAGGGAGUGACUAGGAGGCGUUGGGGACAGCCGGGGAAUGAGGGGGAAGCUGAGGAUGAGGAAGGAGGCGAGCUGGUGGGGAAAGGGCAUGAGCGUAAGGACUCGGCCAAUUGCGGCGAAGGAGAUGGGGUUGGGGGCACUGGCUGGUGGUAUAAGGAGUGA